AUAUGUCGAGCUCAAACUGUCCUUUUGCAUUAUCGAUGACCUUGACCAACAUAGCCCCAGCACACACGGUAAAGACUAGAGACGGCCAGCUGCAAGUCUGCACUAGCGUACUGCAUACGUACUGAAAUUGGUAGCUUCUCACUCUCCAAGUCAGUCUCACAAGUCCACAUUAAACAAGCAUCACCACUCGUAACUAGUAACAAAAAAUGACCAAUAGUACCGAUAAUCUUUUGUUACUACUGCUCCUCUUCUUCUCCGGCUCCAGUGCGGAGCUUGAUGACGGCGGCGAGCUCCAAACGCUUCUGACCAUCAAGCGGCAUUGGGGUAGACCUGCUGCAUUCAGCUCAUGGGAGGUGAGAAGUUCUAAUUCUUUUGGUUACUGUGAUUGGGUAGGAGUUGCUUGUACAGAUGGCCAGGUUACGUCCCUCUCCUUCCAGAGCUUCCAAAUAGCCAAUCCAAUCCCAGCUUCUAUUUGUAGCCUUAAGAACCUGAAGUACUUAGACCUCUCUUACAACAACCUCACCGGUGAUUUCCCCACAGUGCUCUACAAUUGCUCAGCUUUGCAAUUCCUUGACCUGUCAAACAAUGAAUUGACCGGAAGCCUUCCUAGCAACAUCGACAAGUUGUCCUUGGGGAUGCAGCACCUCAACUUGUCAAGCAAUUAUUUUAUUGGUGAUGUUCCCUCGGCUAUUGCCAGGUUCUUGAAGCUCAAGUCACUGGUCCUUGACACUAACAGCUUUAAUGGGAGCUAUCCAGGUGCUUCCAUUGGAGGCCUUGUGGAGCUUGAGAUACUGACGUUGGCAUCCAACCCGUUCAUGCCGGGUCCAAUUCCGAAUGAGUUUAGCAAGCUUACAAAGCUGACAUAUCUGUGGUUAUCCUGGAUGAAUCUGACUGGUGACAUCCCUGAUGCUCUGUCAGCAUUGAAGGAGCUCAUACUAUUGGAUUUGUCAAAGAAUAAGAUGCAAGGAAAGAUCCCGAAGUGGAUAUGGAAGCUUCAGAAGCUCGAGAUGUUGUACCUCUUUGCAAGCAAUUUCAGUGGCGAGAUUGGUCCUUACAUCUCAACACUCAAUAUGCAGGAGCUUGAUCUAUCCAUGAACAAGCUCACCGGAUCAAUACCAGAGGACAUUGCAAACUUGAAGAACUUGAGACUGCUAUACUUGUACUACAACAACCUCACUGGAUCCAUUCCAAAAGGUGUCAGUAUGCUUCCAAACCUUACCGACAUUCGGCUCUUCAAUAAUAAGCUCUCCGGGCCCUUACCCCCUGAGCUUGGGAAAUAUUCAGAAUUGGGAAAUUUUGAGGUGUCCAACAACAACCUGUCUGGUGAGUUGCCUGAUACGCUCUGCUUCAACAAAAAGCUCUACGACCUUGUGGUGUUCAACAAUAGCUUCUCCGGCGUGUUCCCAAUGAACCUUGGGGACUGCGACACCAUCAACAACAUCAUGGCAUACAACAACCACUUUGUCGGGGACUUCCCUGAGAAUAUAUGGUCAUUCGCAAAGCUCAUCAACAUCAUGAUUUACAACAACAACUUCACCGGCAAUCUACCGAGUGAGAUAUCAUUCAACAUCACUAGAAUUGAGAUAGGGAACAAUAUGUUCUCCGGUGCCCUCCCAUCCGCCGCCAUCGCCCUGAAGAACUUCAUGGCGGAGAACAACCAGUUCUCUGGAGCACUACCAGAUGACAUGUCAAGGUUCGCUAAUCUCACCGAGCUGGACCUUGCUGGGAAUAGGUUGUCCGGCUUGAUUCCACCAUCUAUGCAAUCUUUGACAAAGCUGACCUCCCUCAACCUUAGCAGCAACCAGAUUUCCGGAGAGAUCCCUGCAGUACUUGGGUUAAUGGAUCUAAACAUUCUUGACCUUUCGAACAACAAGCUCACUGGUCACAUACCUCAGGAAUUCAAUGAUCUACAUGUCAACUUUCUCAACCUCUCAUCCAACCAGCUCUCCGGUGAGGUCCCAGCAGCAUUGCAAACGCUAGCAUACGAGGACAGCUUCUUGGAUAACCCUAGUCUCUGUUGUCAAUCAGAAUCCGGCAUGCACAUCAGGACAUGUCCCUGGAGUCAAAGCAUGAGCCAUGAUCACCUUGCACUGAGCAUAAGAGCCAUAUUGGUCAUUCUUCCUUGCAUUACUCUUGCUAGUGUCGCCAUCACCGGAUGGCUUCUCCUCCUCAGGCGCAAGAAAGGUCCACAAGAUGUCACGUCGUGGAAGAUGACACAAUUCAGAACGAUAGAUUUCACCGAGCAUGACAUCGUCAGCAAUAUCAGCGAGUGCAAUGUGAUUGGUAGGGGUGGCUCAGGGAAAGUGUACCGUAUCCACCUUGGCGGCGACAUCAAGGCGGGACGACAUGGCGGUGGCUGUACCCCAAGGACGGUGGCCGUGAAGAGGAUCGGCAACACCAGCAAGCUGGACACGAACCUCGACAAGGAGUUUGAGUCGGAGGUGAGGACGUUGGGUGACCUCCGGCAUAGCAACAUCGUCGACCUGCUCUGCUGCAUCUCUAGCCAGGAGACGAAGCUGCUCGUCUACGAGCACAUGGAGAACGGGAGCCUGGAUCAAUGGCUGCAACGCUACAAGCGAGCCGGCAAAAGCGGGCCGUUGGACUGGCCGACAAGGGUGGCCAUCGCCAUUGAUGUUGCUAGAGGCCUCAGCUACAUGCAUGAGGAUUUUGUGCAGCCGGUCAUCCACCGCGAUGUCAAGUGUAGCAACAUUCUUCUCGACCGCGAGUUCAGGGCCAAGAUCGCUGAUUUUGGGCUUGCUCGUAUCCUUGCCAAGUCUGGUGAGUCGGAAUCGGCCUCCGCCGUCUGUGGCACCUUUGGCUACAUUGCUCCAGAGUACGCAUACAGGUCAAAGGUAAGCGUUAAGGUGGACGUAUACAGCUUCGGUGUGGUGCUGCUAGAGCUGGCCACCGGCCGAGGGCCGCAAGAUGGUGGCACGGAGUCUGGCAGCUGCUUGGCCAAAUGGGCAUCGAAGCGGUACAACAAUGGUGGCCCGGUCGCCGACUUGGUCGACGGCGAGAUUCAGGAUCCUUCCUACCUGGAUGACAUGGUGGCCGUGUUCGAGCUCGGCGUGGUUUGCACCAGUGAGGAGCCGGCGUCGAGGCCUCCGAUGAGUGAUGUUCUCCACCGGCUCAUGCAGUUUGAUCAUAGCGGAACACAUAGCGAUGGCGUAGUAGCUAAAGGCGUGUUUGACAUCGAUGAUUCUUCGGAUUGUAUUGUUUAAUUUGGAUAUUGAGAUGAUCAACCAUGGGUCAAACAGUCCCAGUACGAGUGAAUUGUCCGUUCUUCUCAACAAACCAAAGAUUUUAAGAUGAA